CGUACAUCCAUGUCCAUCCAUCACGUAAAAUGUUGCCGCGGAAGUGUACUUAUAUAAUGCAAAAGCCUUGUUGAGCGGUCGGUAUCGGAGUCAUAUCAGGGCCAUGGUUAUCUUGAAUAGUGUCAAGCCACACCCAUCUCAAUCCUUUAAGUGCUGGUCACUGGUCACUCAUUCUCCGGUUAUUCCGGUCUAGCAACAGGCUAUAUUUUCUUCAGGGGCGAAACAACAUCUGUGAAAGGGCAAGGCCAACAAAGGCCUACCUUAAGAACCAUGGCAUCCCAAUUCACAUACUUCAUCUCGCAUCCCCUCCCUCUCUUCGCGGCGGCCACCGUCCUGCGCGCUGCCAUGCUCCUCUACGGGCUGUGGCAGGACGCCAACUCGCCUCUCAAAUACACGGAUAUCGACUACCUGGUCUUCACGGACGCCGCGCGGUUCACCUUCUCCUCUGCCGAGACGGCCUCUCCCUACAUGCGUGAGACUUAUCGGUAUACCCCCUUGCUGGCCUGGUUGCUGUACCCGACGACCUGGUCCGGCACUUUUUGGUUCUCUUUCGGCAAGGCGUUAUUUGCUGCUGCAGACCUGUUGGCGGGAUACUUGAUUAUCCUGGUCCUGAGAGGGCCGCAUGUGCGUAUGUCAGCGGAUCGCGCGUGUAGGUAUGCGGGCAUUUGGCUGUUGAACCCUAUGGUGGCAACGAUCAGCACGAGGGGCAGCUCGGAGGGGUUGUUGGGCGUGCUGGUUAUGGCCCUUCUAUGGGCUGUUCUGGAGAAGCGAGUUACGCUCGCCGGUGUGCUGUUAGGGCUCGGUGUUCACUUUAAAAUUUACCCCUUCAUCUACGCGCCUGCGAUUGUGUGGUGGAUGGACGUCGAACAGAUGGGUAGGAAGCCGGAGGCGAAAGGUCGGAAAGAGAAGGGUAUUGAGACCACGGACCAAAUAACAGACCUCCUGAAAAUUGUUGUGGCAUUCACCACGCCAGAACGCAUCACACUCACUCUUGUUAGCCUAACUACAUUUAUAGGCUUGAACCUCGCCAUGUAUACUCUAUACGGGACUCCUUUCCUUACGCACACGUUCUUCCAUCAUGUCACUCGGAUCGACCAUCGACACAAUUUCAGCCCAUACAACAUUCUACUUUACCUCAACUCAGCAUAUCCAAGCUCAGCUUCCUUCAAGGUCGAGUCGGUAGCCUUUUUACCACAGCUGCUCUUAUCGACAAUUAUCAUACCCUUAGUCGGGGCCAAAAAGGACCUUCCCACUACUAUGCUGGCCCAGACCUUCGCCUUCGUGACAUUUAACAAGGUCUGUACAAGUCAGUACUUCCUCUGGUACAUGGUAUUCUUACCGUUAUACCUUCCUAACUCCUCGCUCCUCCAUAGCCCGCGUAUUGGCUUGUCCGCCCUCGCCCUCUGGCUCACGACGCAGGGGUUAUGGCUACAGCAGGCUUACAACCUUGAGUUCCUCGGCUUGAGCACAUUCGUGCCGGGAUUAUGGAUCGCUUCACUGGCCUUUUUUCUAGUUAAUUCUUGGAUUCUAGGCAUCAUCAUCGAAGAUCUAGGUGGUCGCCCGGGACAGGAAAUAAAGAGCGAUUAAGGAGAAUACAUGAAAUGUUAUAUAUAUGUGUAUAUGUACACGUGUGUGUGUACAUCUUAGUAUUAAGCAUACUUGUUCGAAGGGCGAGGAUAUUGUAAUUAUAGGGCCAACCUCAGAAUUUGGCUAGGGGCUAUAGGAAUAGCACAAUAAUGGUGUCCUCAGGUAGGGGGGCUAGCUUACUUGAU